AUGGAACUCUUUCUCUACUAUGCAAUUCAGCACGCGACGCCCCGCACGCCGAACGACGACACCAAGUUGUGUAUUUUGCGCUAUCUUUUGAGCCACGGUGCCGACCCGAACGCCAUCUUGCCGCAGACGCAGCACAAGCUCCGGGCGUACGAAUACGCCCUGCAGCGCAAAGCGCUCUCGGCCGCCGUCGCGUGUUUUGAAGCCCGUGCCCCGGUGCAGCUCAAAUUCAAGGGCAAGCACGUGUUGCAGCAUGUCGCGCCCAAGCUCACGCUGCCAGCGGCCCUCAACAUUGUCCUCUCGGACCUUCCGUUCAGCGUCAAGACGACAACGUCCUUUGUCGAUGCGAUUGCGGUCGACACGUCGGUGCUCGAAGACAUCGGCCAUCAUCAGCACUUUACGUGGACGACGCUUCUCGACUGCUCGCUCAAGCUCCCGGAUGGGCUUCGCACGACGGUGCUAAAGGAGCUGUUUGCGCAGCCCAUGUUUGCGUCCUUGGCCAAGACCGAACUUUACUCGCAAUUUUCCCUCUCCAAGGACGAGCAAGGGCGGCGUGCGCUUAGCAUUGCCGACAAGGCGACGCGGUAUUUCUUCUACGACGAGCUCAUGUUUUGUGGCCGAUACGAGCUCUACACGGGGCCGCCAAUGCACCGGAGUGAGAGCGCCAUGGUGGUGUUUGCGACCGACUACCGCCUCUACCAGCAGCUGUACGCCCUGUACGCAGUACCGGACGUUGGGCUCGACUGCGCUGCCUUCAAGGCGGCGAGUCAGCACCUCUCCAACCACAGCGCCGACAACGAGUCGCUCGACCAUCAACUCAACGAGACGUACAAACGCUGGGACAAGGACCAGAGCGGCGCCUUGAGCGAGGUCGAGUGGCUGCGCUACUGCAGCCAAACCUUUGGCGAGAAAUUCAAAGUCGCUCUCAAGUUUAUGCGCUUUCCCGCCGACUACCGCCGCGAGCUCGCGGCGCGCGCAACCACAGUGCUCAACCCGGCGUACAUUGUGCCGCACCUCCCGACAGCGACAUCGGACGAGAUAGCAUCGGCGCUCGCAAGCUUUGCGCCGACAGAGUACCUCGACUUGAGCGACUACAAGCACUUGAUUGUGAUGCCGCCUGCCGCGCGGUCGCUGGAAGAUGUCUUCCGGAAGGAGCGGCCGUCUGCGACCAAGACGCGCAAGUGCAUGCACCAAGUGGCGAAAGCGCUCGCGACGCUUCAUGCGGCCAACGUCGUCCACGGCGAUGUCAAAAUGCACAAGGUACUUCGCCUCGGAGACAGCUUCAAGCUCAUCGACCUCGAUGCGUCGUGCGCCCACGGUCAGAUGGCGCUCGGGGCCAAGUUUACCUCUGGAACGCUCCCGCCCGAGUGCUUUUACAAGCUCCAGUCACCGAAGGAGCAAGAACUGCAUCAAGUGUACUGGGGCACCGCGUGGAAGCACCAGCACAAUCAACGCGAGCUCUGGGCCAAGAUGCAGCCCAGCCCCGACAACGUGGUGGUCCGGGCUUUUCACGGCGAUGGCGCCCAUGACCUCCCGCCGCUACCGUAUAGUCUCGUGGAGGCGACGCCGGCCUUCGAUCUCUGGGCACUCGGGUGCAUGCUCUUCAAGCUCUGCAGCGUCGACAACACGCCACUCCUUCUUUCCAACCGCGACGAAGACCUUGAGGCGAGCCAGAUGCUCCAAGCGCUGCGCUGGACGGACGACGCCCUUGUCGCCCGCAUUGGUGCCAAGGUGCCGCAUCCCUUGGCGCGGGACCUCAUUGGCCGCUUGUUGCGCGUUGCGCCGGCGGAUCGACUGCCCUUGUCUCACGUCGUCGACCACCCGUAUUUUACUGCACCCGACGCGACAGGACCUGCGUCCGACAUGAGUUUUCAAAUCCUGGAAGAAGUCGCCAAAGUCAAAGAGAGCUUGACGCGCAGCAUCCACGAGUCGAGCGCGCGCAUCAUGGCGCAUGACGAUAGCAACACGGACAAGGUGCUCUCGGCGAUCACGACGUCGAAGAAGACGCUCAUGCACGCCAUGUACGAAGCCACCGAAGUUCACGUCCCGACAAGCUUUGUGCUGCUUCCGUGCAAAGCCGGUGCCAGCGCCAGUGUCCCGCCGACCAAGCUCCAAGACGACGUACUCAAGUUUGUGACGACGCUUGCCAAGACGAAAGCGUCGCCCGAAGUGAAAGCCACGUCGCUGUUCGACUGCUUUCGCGGCCAAGUCGAUGCGAUCGGGUCGCUCAAGAACAAGCUCUUUAUGCAGGAGACCAUGUACCUCUACCUUCUGGACGAAGCAACGGGCGAUCUCGCGCCGGCCAAAGGGGUCUACCCGAUUGCCAUUUCGACCAAGACCGACGACUAUUUUACAUUUGUCGAUCGGUACUUGCCGUUGAUUCAAGGCGGCUUUACGCUCCUCCGCGGCGUCGACAAGAUCACCAAGCUCCUCGGGGUCCUCGGGGUUCCCAAGGCCGCGACCGAGAUCGUCGACCGCAUCGAGUCGGUCUUUGGCGAAAUGGAAGGCAACGUCAACAAGCUCAUGCAAGAAGCCAAGGCUACCAAAGAAAUGGUCGGGCUUCGCGGCCCGCAGCUCCGGCAGCUCGAGGCGUUCUUUGAGAAGCGCGAUCCGGCGAAGACGUUUUCCGGCCUGCGACGCGUUCCGGGCGAAGACGGCCGAGCGAUCUGGACCGUCCACGCUCCCAGCGAGUAG